AUGAUGGUUAUUGAAGGCAACCAUGAAAUUGAGCCUCAAGUUGAUGGAAUGACUUUCAAAUCUUAUGAAGCAAGAUUUGCUGUUCCUUCAGAUGAAUCUGGUUCCAACAGUAAUUUUUUCUACUCUUUUGAUGCUGGGGGAGUACAUUUUCUCAUGUUGGGAGCAUAUGUUGACUACAAUCAUACUGGUGCUCAAUAUUCUUGGUUAAAGAAAGACCUACAAAAUGUAGAUCGCAGUGUAACCCCUUGGGUGGUGGCUGCAUGGCAUUCUCCUUGGUAUAACAGCUAUUCUUCACACUAUCAGGAAUUUGAAUGCAUGAGGCAGGAAAUGGAAGCACUUUUGUACCGACAUGCUGUUGAUAUUGUCUUCUCUGGUCAUGUGCAUGCUUAUGAGAGGAUGAAUAGAGUCUACAAUUAUACACUUGAUCCUUGUGGGCCUGUUCACAUAACAGUUGGAGAUGGUGGGAACAUAGAAAAAGUUGAUGUUGACCAUGCAGAUGAUCCUGGGAAAUGUCCCUCAAGUGGUGACAACAUACCAGAAUUCGGAGGAUUGUGCCAUUUGAAUUUCUCAUUUGGACCUGCAAAAGGCAAGUUUUGCUGGGAUAGACAACCAGAAUGGAGUGCAUAUAGGGAAAGCAGUUUCGGGCACGGAAUUCUUGAGGUAAACUAG